AUGAUUAUAUUUGUGACUGACUCUUCAACCAAUUGUUCGAAGCCUACAUUACAAUCAAAUCAACCAGCCAUACAAAUAACUGAAUAUUUUGAUUUUUCAUCAAGAUUACCAAGUAAUAAUAAUAAUAAUUUUUCAAAACCAUUUGAGGAAAAUGAUAUUGAUAUGGAAUCUAAUGUUUUAUCAAAUGUUAAUGACAAAAUCGAUGAUGAUAUUUAA